GUCAUCAGGGCGAGAAUUCAAACUUUGACCUUUCAACUCUGUACUUGGAAACAUGAUGGCGGCAAGCUUGAAGAAGAAGAACGUUUUGAUCGGAGUUACGGGGAGCGUAGCGGCUAUAAAAGUGCCUCUCAUCGUACAAGAGUUACAGAAGUCGGAAGGACUAGAUGUUGAGGUGCAGGUUGUGACGACGGACCGUGCCACUCAUUUCUUCCAGCCGGAGGAGUUACAGGUUCAAGUGCACCGAGACCAGGAUGAGUGGACAUGGCAGAAGAGGGAAGACCCAGUCCUCCACAUUGAGCUGCGACGCUGGGCCGACAUCUUUGUCAUCGCUCCCCUAGACGCCAACACGCUGGCCAAGAUGGCGGCCGGGCUGUGCGACAACUUGCUGACGUGUGUCGUCCGCUGUUGGGACCUCACCCAGCCCCUCCUGUUCUGCCCUGCUAUGAACACACACAUGUGGAACCACCCUCUGACACAGAGACACAUAGACGUGCUGAAGGGGUUUGGGUACAUAGAAGUGCCUUGUGUGGAGAAGACACUCGCCUGUGGAGACACGGGGUUAGGAGCCAUGGCUGAAGUUAGUACCAUAGUGGCAGCUGUACAGAAGUCGUUAAGAGAUGUAGACACACUACUGUAGAGCUAAUAUCAAGUCAUUGUUUAUUGCCAUUCAUGACAAAAGUGGAAGGACAUACAAAGUAACUUCACAAAAUCAAGAUUAUAAUACAUGUAACUUGAUUUUCUAAUUGUAAUUUCAGAUUUUAUACCAAUUAUAGCCUGAGUGCCAUCCUCCGUAGUGACCGCUGGCUUUAAAGGAUUGAGUCAGCAGUCUCUAUGGAGGAGGAUGGCACUCAGCCUUUACCACUUAUUGGAUUCAUGUGCUUGAAAUAUAUCAAUCUUUUGAUAGAUUUAAAAAAAUAUAAAGAUUAAGUACAAUAUUGAAAACUUCUGCAAGAAUGCCUGGUAGUUUUGUUAAAACUUUAUUUACAUGCAGUUAGGCAGCAAUUUACCAAACAAUUCAGUAUGGGUAUUUUAUAGCCAUCCAUGUACCCAGAGUAUUUUCCAUACUCAGUGGAAUGUAACAAUAUAAAAACUUAUUAAGAUAUUGGAAUGUUUCCUUUUCUUGAAAGCCCAUACAUAUAUGUACAUGUAGUCAAGCCUGACUUCCUGCACUUAACAUGAUCAUGUGCAAAACUCUUCAAAAGACUUGUACUUGAUACAGUGUGUAAAAGACAGAACACCUUAGUGUAAUCAGUGCUUUCAUGAUUGUGUAAAAAGAAUAAGAAAAUUGACAAUUGAAGGCUAAAGUAGUAUUACUAAAAUUUACGUCAAGAAAAUGAUUAGAAAUAAAAGAUACAAAAAUUUAACCUCUGUUGCGUUCAAUAACAGCACAGGCUUGUAUCCUUAAAAAGAAGUUGUUUGGGUCGUGUCAUUUUCAGCUGACACGCCCUCCCCUUGCUGGUCUGUGAUUGGUGGAAGAAGAAAUGUUGGACAGAAGGGGAGGUAGCGAAUGGAAUGUAACAAUAUAAAAACUUAUUCA